UAGACGCACGUAUUCCGCAGAUCAUUUCGCAAUUAAAUAUUUAAAUUUAGUAUAAAAAAUAUUUUAAUAAUGAUGAUGUUCUUAAAGUUUAUUUUUUUAUGUUUACUAUUUGUGAAUUUCGUCGACUGCGAUGACAACGAGGAGUCUCCAGAAUCAACGAGUUUGUCAGAUUUUCAAAAUGAUGCGAAACAACUACUUGAGCUGUGCUUUCCUGAUAAAUUGAACCCUGCGGUUAUAACUGUUGACUUGAUUGACAUCAUGUUCGAAAUUUCAAUAAACGAAGUGGUCAACGCGUCCAUUGUAACGAUUGAUUAUGACUUCAAAUCAACUAUGAUGAAAUGGCACUAUCCAAAUCAUCCCUCGUACAUUCUAUCAGCAGAGUCUGAUAAAAAACUAAAAGCUCUUCUUCACGAAAUAAAAUCGUCGAUUAUUUGGAACGUCGAGUCAUUGGUUUUCGUUGUUGAAGAAAACUGUGGAAAGGCAAUGAAAGUACUGAGGAUGGUGUGGAACAUUGAAGCCCUUGGAUCAUUUUACGUUUGUCGAGAUCAAGUCAACAAAACUACGAUGGUGUAUACAUUUAACCCCUACACUGAUAGAGCGCCGGAACCGUGGAGUAGAGUUAAGAAGAAAUCGAAAGAUAAUCGAUGGACAUUGUAUAGGCAGUCAUUUAAAAACGAUUCGGAGUCGUGUCAAAGUUAUCAUUUUGACAAAACCAAAAAUCUGGACGGUUUUCCAGUAAAAGCUCAUGCACUUCGUUCAUUCGGUGAUGUUUCAUCAAAUGAAUUUACACCUGAAGCACUCGAUGGGCAGUUCGGAAACCCGUCCUUCGUUUUUGAAAAUAUAUUUUCAAUGUUGAAUGUCACACCAGUGAUGCACUACUAUAUGAUUGAUGAUGUUCCACAUUCUGUAAGAACUAAAAAAUUAUUUAAUAAUGAUAAGUGCGAUGUGUGGUUGAAAUUACAACCACUCGAUCUACUUUAUUACGAAUAUCUCGAUUUUAUUCCGCUAUACUCAGAAGAAGGCUACACGAUAAUAACAAACUCACGUACGGUUCCAAUCCUUGAGGAAAUUGUCGACAGUAUGUUUAGUUAUCAAACUUUGAUACUCUCGAUUAUUAUUCUAAGUAGUAUUUUUAUACUUAUUCUAGUCAAUAAUAAGUUUAAUUUUGUUGCAACCUUAUUCGAUAUUUUGUUGUUGGUAUUGAAUAUGGGGAUGACGACACCCAUAGAACGUUUAUUCAUGCGUAUAACUUUUUUAUCCGCAUCUUUAUUUAUGUUGAUGUUUAAUCCGGCAUUAGAGGGUCAACUCAUGGCUUUGCUGGCAAAACCGAGUUACCGUAGGGUUGAAAAUUUAGAUGAUUUACAUUCAAAUGAAUAUAAAGUCUUCUUCGACGAUACAAUCCGCGAGUAUAUAGCUGACACACAAAUAUGGUCAAGUGAUUCUGAUAAAGAAUACUUGUAUGAACAAUAUAUACAUGAUUAUAGUCGCUGCUACAACUACAUUACGAGAGAUUCUUUCGGUCCGGUACAAACCUUUAAUUUUAUAUUUGAUUCAGUCUCGUUGGCGGAUCCAGUUCCGAUAAAUGAUUCACUUUUAGUAAAUGUUUCUCAUCUGAUUAAUGAUUCCCGUCCAAUAAAUAUGUCAAGUCCGUUAAAAGUUGGAUUACAGGAAUAUGCUUCAGUUACGAAAAAAACUUUAGCGGCUUGUAUAUUUCCUUAUAAGUUUCGUGACUCUGCAUUAGGCGACGAUCUAUACAUAUCGAAAGACUUAUUAUUCAAAUCGUACCACGUGUUUAUGAGUCGUAAACGUUGGAGUUUGAAAAACAAAAUCGAUAAAGCAGCAAUGAAUAUUAUUGAAACCGGUCACAUUCAUUACGCCGAACGUUUUGAACGAUAUAAAGAAUUAAAAAGAAAAAAGAAAUUAGCUGCUAGAAUCGAAUCGUAUAAAAGUGGAUUCGAUCAAUUAGAGUUCGAAGAUUUUCGGAUGGUUUAUAUUUUCAGUACAUUGAGCUUAAUGUGGAUAAUCACUGUCUUUAUUUUUGAAGUAUUGUUCAAAGAAAUAACGGAAUUAUGUGACAAACGUUCACAAAAAUUAGAAAUGAAACGAAUGAAAAUACAGCGAAAAUUAGCAUUGAUCAAUAAACAAACUGCUGUUGCUAAAACACGGGUUUAAUUAUUCGUAUUGUUGUAAUAUUGCGUGACUUGUAUGACUAAAUUUAUUAAUAGGGCGGGUAUAAAGCACGAGGUUCCUUGCAUAGUUUAGUCAAAGUUUUCUUUUCAAUAAAGUAUUUCGUUAAUAAGAUAAUUAAACGUUUGUCUAACAAUUUCUUAAGUUUUCGAUUUUGACAACAUAUCGUGUUACCAAAUUUCAAACCGUAAAAAUUUUGCUUUAACACAAAUUCAUUUUGUUUUUGAUAAUCAAAUUAAAUGACAAACAGUUUUUGUUUUUUAUUUCAUGAAUUUGUGAAGAAAUAUAUUCUAUUUUUUGCCCUUGCUGUCCUUGAACUAAGUAAUUAAAUAUUGCGUGUCGUGUUGUUUGACUCAUACAUCCAUUGAUUGAUAUUGUGUGUUGUUAUAAGGAUUGACUUUUUAAUAAUAUAUAUAAAUUCGAAAAUAUUAAUCGCUUGUUGGCACAGAAUUAAAAAAUUAUCGUGUUCUGUAUGAAAUAAAUUGGAUGUAAUUUUCAUUCUGUUUAUUCUCAUUUGACUUAUAUGGCCGCCAUAUACUUACAUAUGUAAUGUUCAGUAGAAUGACCCAAGAAAACCAACAAUUUUUUUUUUUCGAAUAAUGAAAAUUUGUUGGUCUAACAUAUUUUAAGAAUCUUCUCCAAAAAUCAGCUCCAUAAAAAAUAUUCACAGGGUAGCUCCAGGAUUUGGAAAAUUCCAAAAAUGAUUGAAAUUCGGAUUUUUGUUUUGUUAAUGUUUUCUUUCUCGUGACAGCAAUAGUUUAUAUUUGUAAAAAUCAUCAAUACUCUGAAAAUUUCAGCCCGAAUUAAAUAUUUAAACGCCGCUUAAGAAUUUUGAAUGUUUCCGAAUAUUUUUGGACGUUUUCGAGCGACCCUUGAAUAUUAAUAUUAAGGCGUCUCGAUUUUUCACCGUCAAUUUAUAUCACAAUGAAUAAAAAUAUAACCUCAAAAGUGGAACAAAUUACCCUGAUUAAACAACUGGAUUCGACCGAAUUAAAAAUUUUAAUUCUGUUAUAUUCUGUCGAAUUCUGCAAAACAGAAUUCAACUGAAUUGAAAAUUUGAAUUUGAAUUCAACAGAGUAAAACCGAUUUAAAAAUUUCAAAUUCAUUUUAAUUCAGUUUAAUUCAGAUUCAGAACCAGAAAUUGGAGAAUUAUUUUCGAAUUAAUCAGAAUUAAACCGAAUAGAAUUAUUUAAAUUCGUUUUAGUUUGGAAAAAUUCUGAUAUUCCUGCCGAAUUAGACAUAAGUCAUCUUUAAGUUAGGUACCGAAUGAACAGAAUUUAUCUGAAUUAAAUAGAAUUAAAAAUUUAAUUCUAUUUAAUUCGAUCGAAUUCAGUUGUUUAAUCAGGGUAGUUAUUUACAUACUUUAUCUCUUUUAAUUCAAUUGUUAGACUUUUUUGGUUAUUCAAAGCUGAUUUUCGGUUAUACAAAAGUUAUAUAUUCGUGGAAUGAUAAUAAUUAUAUAAAAAUACAAAAAUGAAUUUAAAGUAUUAGUAUCUCAUUAGUUGAUAGUCAAAAUUUUUGAGCGGCUCAAAAAUCUAUAUUUUGAUCUAAAAUUCUCAUCAUGGUAUCGAUUUUACAGCCAGAAAAUAUUUCUUCCACGAGAAAGAAAAAAUUCAGAAAUCAAAAAUCCCAAUUUUGAUCAUUAUUGGAAAAUUCUUAAAGAAUUUUGAACCAACAAAUUUUCAUAUCAGACUCGAGAAAAAGUAGUCGGUUUUCUUGGACCACCCGAAAGAUCAUUAAAAAAAAAUUAAUGAAAUUGUGUACUUAUUGAAGAAAUAAAUAA